AUGUCAAUGUCUAAGAAACGAAAAGCCAAUGAAGAUGAUGAACAGUUGCCUUCUAAAUUGUAUUCUAAAAAGAAUCGUUCAUCCGCCGAUAGUAAUCAAAGUAUAGUGGAAAAUACUGAUUCAAUCAUUAGUCAAACACAUUAUUCACCACAUACAUCAAUUCAUAAACCUUUAUCAUCGGAAACUUCAUCAAUGUGGAGUCCAUUUGAUAGUCUUAAUUCAUCAUUUUCAUCAACAUCUACAAAUUCUGAAUAUGCUUCAGUCUCAUCAUUAUAUGAAACAGACUUACCAAGUACGAAUAAUCUUAUAACAACUACAAAUGAAUUAUCGAUGGUUUAUAACCCAAAUCAUCAAAUGGGCAACCAAGAGACAGCUAGUGUAAAACGAGAAUUAUCACCAUCAUCAAAUGGCACACCAGCACCAAAGAAAAAGCCAAGAAACGAUGGACUAUCAACGGGACCAACUCCGUCAUCGUCCAGUGAUUAUUCAUCUGUUACAGCUAAAAUGAUGAAAAACAUGGGUUAUGAUGAAAAGCAUGGUCUCGGUCGUAAUUCUAAAGGUCCAACAAAAUUAGUUGAAGAGAGUAAACAACGAGGACGUCGUGGUCUUGGUUUUAGUUAUGAAAAAUUCAGUGAUGAAACAGUUGGAUGGGAUUUUGAAAAUGAUCCUGCUCCCGUAGAAGAAGAAAUUUAUUGGUGCCCAUCGAGUGAUCAUUUAGAAGCUUCAUUAAAUCUUGAUGAAAUGCGUGAAUGGAUCAAACUUGGACCAAAAAAGAAAAUAAUCCAAGAUGAAAUUGAGUUUUGUGAUGAAGAUAUUUUAAGAGAAAUGCUAAGUGGAAAAACUGUAUUUGAUGAAUUACCACAAAAAGAAAUGGAAGAAGCUCGAGCUCGAAGUAAUGUAUACGAAACAAUUGGAGCAUCGAUUUUUCUCAAUCGAGCUGCAGUUAAAAUGGCUAAUAUUGAUUCUGUUUUCGGACGAAUAUUUACUGAUCCUAAAACACCUAAUAAUCAACGAUCACUUGUUCAUCCAGACGAACCAUUUUAUUUUGCUGAUAUCUGUGCUGGUCCUGGUGGUUUUAGUGAAUAUAUUUUAUGGAAAAAACAAUGGCAUGCAAAGGGAUUUGGUUUUACAUUAAAAGGAAAAUCGGAUUUUGCUCUACAUAAAUUUAUUGCUGGCACACCUGAAACGUUCGACACAUACUAUGGUGUGAAAGAUGUCAAUGGUGAUGGUGAUAUAUUCAAGUCUGACAACAUAGAUGCCUUACAAAAUUAUGUAAAUAAAUGUACAAAACAUGCAGGUGUACAUAUUGUCAUGGCUGAUGGAGGAUUCUCGGUUGAAGGACAGGAAAAUAUUCAAGAAAUUUUAAGUAAACAAUUAUAUUUAUGUCAAUUUCUAACAGCUUUGUCAAUUAUACGGCCAGGUGGUCACUUUGUUUGCAAACUAUUUGAUUUAUUUACUUCGUUCAGCGUGGGACUUGUUUAUUUAAUGUAUCGAACAUUUGAUCGAAUAUCAAUUCAUAAACCAGUUACAAGUCGACCGGCAAAUUCUGAACGAUAUAUUAUUUGUCAAGGUCUUCGUGGAGAAAUUCGAGAUAUUGUACGAGCCUACAUGUAUGAAAUAAAUGUACUUCAGAAUAAUUAUGGAGUUGAUACGAAACCAGAUGAUGUUCAAUCAAUUGUCCCCAUGAGUAUUUUAAAAGGAAAUCAAAAGUUUUAUGAGUAUAUUCGAAAUUCAAAUAAUCAAUUGGGUGAUACUCAAAUAAGAAAUUUAAAAAAGAUUCGUGCUUUUGUUAGUAAUCCAUCUUUGAAAGAUGAUCGGCAAAGUGAUAUUCGUGCAAAAUGUCUUCAAUUUUGGGAGGUGCCAGAUGAACCAAGACAAAAACCGAAAAGAUUAAUGUAUACUGACCUUCAAAAUGAUCUUUUUUAUCAACUUGGAAAUGGUAUCGAAAAUAUACUUUGCAAUAUGCCUAAUUUAUUUAAAAAUACCAUUCUUGAACAACAUCGUAUACAGUCAUUAUUUGAUUAUCGAUGUAUACUUUCAUUAGGUGAUCCUAUUCUACUUCUAUCAUGUGGUCGAAGUUCAGUUUAUUCUAUGGACUUAAGAAAUACAAAUAAACGUUGGGCACAAUUAGACGGACGGUGUAAAGUUGAAUUGCCACCAUAUACUUUAUUGCUUGCCGAACGUGUGCAAGAACAAUUCAAUGAUGGAAGAGACAAUCGUAAAAAAACAGCGAUUUAUAUUAUUGAUGCAUAUUUUAUUGGUAAAGAAACUAUGCUUUUUCAACAUGGUAGACCCAUAGUUCUAAUGGAUCGAUAUCAUUUGUUAAAAUUAUUUGAAAAAGCAAUUAACAAACCAGCUCAUGUUGAUCUUGUACCUAUUCGGAUCCAUGAACAAUUACGUUUGGAACAUAUGGAUGCACAAUUUGAAAAAUUAUGUUCGUCGGGAUCAUUGAAUCAAAUUGAUAAUGAGCAAACAUUAUGGUUUACGAAUAACGACGUCGAAACAAAACCACGUAUACAAGUUCGUGGCUUGUGGAUAUUUAAAUUUAUACAAUAUCCGUGGACAAUUUUAUUAAGUAAAUCUCAUCAAACAAAAUAUUUUCAUAAUCAAGUGAAUCGCACAUCAAUACCAGCUGCUCCAGCUGAUUCUUCUAAUGUAGCUUCAUUGAGAUCGAUGCUAGAAAACAGUUUCUAUUGGGAUUUUAAUAAUCGUGAUGAUCCUGUAAAAAAAUCAAGUUUUAUUUCGUUUAUUCAAGAAAAAAAUCACGAAAUUCAAUCACAACGUGUUACUCAACAUAGAUCUGCAAAUGGAAGUAACUGA